UUGUUCAAACUAUACUCUAACCAUCUACAGCUCGUUAUGGACAUCCAAGAAAGACAGCCUCUCUUAAACCCAUCAAUUCCCUCCAACAUCUUAUCUCAGAGAUCCCAGCCAGAAGCACCCAGCCUCUCCUCCGAUGAGUUUCGUACGCCAUACCCCGACACCCUACCAGGGACGCCCUACAGAAAGAGCAUCAACUGGCCAAGCGCGUAUAUAUUAGUCGUCUCGCGCGUGAUUGGGAGCGGUAUUUUCGCAACACCAGGCUCAAUCGUCAAAUCUGCCGGAAGUAUCGGAUUGACCUUGCUAGUAUGGCUGAUUGGGACGAUAUUAUCAGCUUGCGGCCUAGCCGUCUCGAUGGAAUUCGGAUGCAUGCUACCUCGCUCAGGAGGAGAAAAGGUGUACCUCGAGUAUGCCUAUCCCCGACCGCGGUUUCUCGCAUCAAGCCUUAUAACAGCCCAGGUAGUGCUUCUGGGGUUCACAGCGAGCAACUGCAUUAUAUUUUCGAAAUACACGCUCUUCGCGCUGAGUAUUGAGCCCACUGAGCUUCAGCAUAAGAUGCUCGCUGUUGGCCUCUUGACUGCCAUCACUAUUGUUCACGGCUGUUUCUUGAAGACUGGCAUCUUUGUCCAGAAUGUCCUUGGCUGGGUGAAGAUCUUCCUCAUUGGCGCCAUGUCCUUGACGGGGAUCUGGGUUGUUUUUCUCCAGUUCUAUAGAGAUACUGAUAAUAUCUCUCCAGUGUCAACGGUCGGCAGUUCAUUGUCUUGGGAUUCGAUAUGGGAAGGAUCGAAUUGGAGUUGGAGUCCACUUUCGUCGGCUUUGUUCAAAGUCUAUUAUUCCUAUGCUGGGUUGAGCAACGUGAACAAUGUCCUCAGUGAGGUUCAUGAUCCCGUGGGAAUAAUAAAGACCGUUUGUCCAACUGCACUAAUCACAGCCGGUGGCCUAUACUUUCUUGCGAAUCUUUCAUACUUCCUGGUCAUUCCGCUCGAAGAUAUCAAAAAUAACGGGGAACUGGUGGGCGCACUACUAUUCCAAAGAUUAUUCGGGGACCACGUCGGAAAGAUAUUCUUUCCACUUGCUAUUGCCAUAUCAGCUGCCGGGAAUGUGAUGGUGGUGACCUUUGCCUUGGCACGUGUGAAUCAAGAGAUAGCCCGACAAGGCUUUCUUCCAUGGCAAAAUAUUCUCUCAUCCUCGCGGCCAUUUGGCACUCCGCUAGGUGGACUUAUUGUACACUAUAUCCCUUCUGUGUUGGUUCUCGCCCUACCGCCACAAGGGGACGUAUAUAACUUUAUCUUGGACUUGGAGGGAUACCCUGGACAGAUGUUUUCCUUGGCAAUCACCGUCGGUCUCCUUUUAGUACGAUACCGGGAGCCUUACCUUCCACGACCAUUCAAAGCGUGGCUGCCCGCUGUCUGGUUACGAGUUGUGGUGUGUUUAGUCCUGCUAGUAGCACCCUUCAUCCCGCCGCCGAAUUGGAAAGGGGAUGUCGAUUUCUUCUAUGCUACCUAUGCAAUUGUCGGGAUUGGAAUUGUACUCUUUGGGGUUCUCUACUGGUAUGUCUGGACAGUGUUACUCCCACGAUGGGGAGGCUACCAACUUGAGGAAGAGAAAGAGAUCCUGGCCGACGGGACGAGCAUCAUCAAACUUGUUCAUUUAUAUGAUGGUUGA